AUGUACGUCGUUUCCAUUCUCUUGACAUGUUGUCAAUUGACUAGGCUAGGUGACCCUAGCGUUAGACAUAUCUGCGCAGCAUGGCAGCUGGCUUCUGUAGGAAUUGUGAAUAUUCGUCGCGAUGACGAUGACAACUUUUACUGCUACGGCCUGUCACUCCUUAACAGAAUCGAGAGAAAAGACAACGACAUGAAAAUGAUCGUCCUUAACAUGUUCUUCCACUGUGAGCUCAGUGCACGGACUACCCCCAAAGAGCACUCAUAA